AUGAAACGCGCAGCUGCUAGUCUAUACCAUUCUCACAGCGACGGGGAGGAGCAGCCAGCGAAGCUGCGACGCCGAGACAGUUCGAGUACGCUUCUAUUCCCGUCAAAGAGACAGCAGCAGACGCACACGACACGGCAACCGCUUUCACCGUUAUCGAACAAUAAUAGCAUCAGGGUCGACUCGCCGGAACGUGGACACCCUACCGUUACGCCUCCAUCGAGAGAUCGCAAAGACGAAAUCUUUCAGUGGAUCCCUCCUCCAUCAGACGGCUUUGAAGUCAUGAGUCAGCCAGCCUCCAAAAGAUCGCGAUCACGAUCGAUCUCGACGGAUCGCGGAAGGCCCCGGUCUGUUUCACCGAGCACCAGUGCCUCGUCUCGGGAUGCCAAAUCAUACGCAUACAAGGCCGCGAAUUAUGUGACGAUCCUCGAAACCAAGGGCUGCUUCAUGCGGUCAUCGGAUAAUGGUCCGACCUCUGGCGACGUUGAUCUUUGCGAGCGGCUGCUUGAUCCCUCAGUUGAUACUCCACGGGAAACUUUAUUCGAGUUCAUCAAGGGCUUUCACGACACAUUACGGAAUCGAUCAGAAGCGCGGCUGUUGGUAGAUUUACAUCCACUUCUCAUGCCAUCUGCCGAGAACCUUCGCAUUCAAGGAAGAGAGGACCUAAAAGAUGUGAUCGAUGGCUAUAAUGAUCCAUGGCUCAAGACGGAGCCGAUCUACGGUCCCAAACCGCAACCCGAUCAUGCGCGAGGCUUGAAGUGGUCGACGUUUUCGGAGAGCCAGCGACGAAAGCUUGGGAUCAAACCGGACGAGAAAUCUCUCUAUGCCGUCCGAGAAGACAUGUACUUCCCAUAUCUCACGGCCGAAAUCAAAUGCGGGAACCAGGCCUUGGAAUUUGCCGAUCGGCAGAAUAUGCACAGUAUGUGCGUUGCUCUUCGGGCCGUGGUCAGUCUCGCGCAAGCGGCCGGUCGUUUGGAAGAGGUGCAUCAGCGGCUCCUUGGAUUUUCGAUUUCACACGAAUUAGAGGUCGUUCGGAUCUACGGAUACUAUCCUGAGAUUGGUGACGAUGGAAUCAAGUACUUUCGCUGGCCUGUGAAGCAAUUCAAUCUAUGGACAGAGGCGGACAAAUGGACAUGUUAUCGUUUCGUGGAGAAAGUCGAUCGUGUCUUCCUUCCCAUCCAUAUCGACCGAUUAAUGCACUUCCUCGAAGACAUUCUCGACCCGCAAGAUGUCCCUUUCGAGCUCGAUGCCGAUGUUGACAUUAGUGCCCAAUCACAAAUUACGUCUCAGGAACGGUCUUCAUAUACCCGGGCUCCCUCCUCGCAGAAUCGGGGGCUACAGCCAGAGCUACGCAGCAUGAUUCAGACCUUGCAGCAACAAUUAGAAGAACAGAAGGCUCGGGAAGAGAAGCAAGCAGCUGAGCAGAAUGCGCGGGAAGAGAAGCUUCUCGCUCAGUUGGAACAGCAGAGGAUUCAAAUGGAACAGCAGAAAGCUGAGCAGAAGGCGCGGGAAGAGAAGCUUCUUGCCCAAAUAGAACAGCAGGGAUUGCAACUAGAAAGGUUUCUUAGACUUCUAGAACAGAAUAAGGAGCCAGCAUCUUAA